AGCUUUCCUUGGUUUAUCGGUGAAAUCCAUGGCAACUAGAGAUAGACAACAAAAGUAGUCAGACUACAAGUAACAACAAUGGAGAUGGACGGUAAGAUAGUGGAAAACUAAACGUUAGCUAGGUACUGUAGCGAACCCAGCAAUCAACGGUCAGCUCGAACAGUUAUUUGUUCAAGUUAAAAAGUUGAACUUUGUUCUUUCAAAUCAACAACGCCAGAUAUGACAGCUUUUUAGUUUCACAGUCCAAAGUGCGAAAAAGUCGUGGUUUCUGAAGUGAACAAGUUACUGUACAAGUAACGUUAGACUUAUUUCUUUCAACAUGCCUUUAUCGAGAAAACAAAGUGGGUGUCUUGUGUGAAACUCCCGAGAGGUAGACAGGGUGACUCAUUUAGUAUCAGACGUUACCAGUGACGGGUUUGGUAAUGGGAGAGGUGUGUGUGCGGGUUGCGGUUCGGGUCAGACCGUUGUUUCCCAAAAAUGUGCUCCACAACCACCAGCUGUGUGUGGUGCCCGACACCGUCCAGGUGAUGCUGGGUAGCGACCCCACGCCUUUGGACCGACGGCACGGGCAGGUUUACAAGUCCUGUGUCAAACCCCUGGUGGCAUCUCUAGUUGACGGCUCCAAUGCUACAGUGUUCGCCUAUGGACAAACCGGGUCUGGAAAGACAUACACCCUUGGUGGGGGACAUGUAGCAUCUUUGCCGGAGGAGGAGAGUGGGAUCAUUGGUCGAGUUGCAGCAGAUCUGUUUGUGCUCUUGGGGGAGAGGAGGGCUGCGGAUGCCAGGGCUGCGGUUGACGUUAGGGUGUCCUACAUGGAACUGUACCAGGAGGAGCUCAGGGACCUGCUGGAGGUCCAGACUGGCAACAAGGAGCUGCAUGUCAGAGAGGAUGACAGGGGUAACACUGUGGUAGUUGUGGCAAGAGAAACUGUGAAUACCUCCGCUGAGGAGUUGCUGAGCGUCCUGGAGGCUGGCAAUGCCCUGAGGCACACUGGCCCCACUCAGAUGAACGAGCGCUCCAGCCGCUCUCAUGCUAUCGUUACCCUACAGCUGACGCAGGAUGACCACGACAAUGGCUCCCUCCGCUCCUCUAAACUCCACCUGGUGAAUCUGUCUGGGUCAGAGCGGGCUGCACGCACCAGGAACACAGGCCUGCUGGUGUUGGGCAACGUCAUCCUCGCACUCUCCAAUCGCCGCCACAACCAUGUGCCGUACCCGCGCAUCCUCCGGGACUCACUGGGCGGCUCUGCCCACACACUGAUAGUGGCCUGCGUCAGCCCUUCCCACCACAGUUUCGCAGAGACGCUGAGUGUGCUUCAGUUUGCCUCACGGCCAUGCUACGUGAAGAACCAGCCUGGGUUGUGUCCUGCCAGGGCGUGUUCGGGCUGGCAGCCUGGAGAGGCUCGUGUGGGGGAGCUGGAGCAGGAGGUCCAGACUCUGAGAGAGGCACUGAGAGAGAAGGAUAAGACAAGGAGAGGGAUUGCUUUGAGUGACAGCACCAAACAGGCCACUCAGGAGGAGCGUGAUGACAGGGGGGCGGCUCUAGUGGAGGAGUCCCAGUACCGCUGCCUUGCACAGGACGCUGCCUUCCUAUUGGAGGAGCUCCAGAACUCCAUGCGGAGUCCUGCUCUGCAGCAGCGUUUGCAGGAAUGGCUGGAGAGACACAGGGAGCUUAGCCACUCCGGCCACACUGGCUAUCAACAACCUGUGGGGGGUGCAGGGGAUGAGUCUCAACAGAUCACCAUCCUCCAGCUCAGACGUGAGCUCAAGAACUGCCAGGAUACUCUGGCUAUAGACAAGCAGGUGUUUGACCUGAGGGAAUCUGAGCUGGAGCAGGUGUAGAGGCAGGUGCAAACACUGCUACAGGAGAAACAGACACACCUCCAGUCCUUACAGGAGGAGAGGGAGUACAGACAAAUUAAGGUAGAGAGAGAGAGGAUAUUGAGAUACGAGGAUUGAAUGGGGCAUUUCUACAGUGGGUGAUGACUGAUGUUUUUUCCGUUGGUUGGGCGUGCAGAAGGAGCAGCUGGUGGAACAGCAGCUGUUGAUAGAUCGUCUCUGUGGUGACCUCCUGACCUUCAGGAUGGGAUCCUUUAGACCCUCGCUGGACACUGGGGCUUCUGGGAAGUCAGCGAGGAGACCUCAGUGUUCCCAUGAUCAGCCAAGGCCAUGGUUGUACGAGGAAGGUGUGUGUGUGGUGUGUGUUUGUGUGGGGCUGUGGCGGUCACAAAAUUAUUGUCAGCUGGUGAUUGUCAAGCAAAUAACUGUCAGUCUCCGGUAAUUGACCGU